UUGGCUGCUGCUGUCAAGCCCCUCACCGUCAAGGGCAAUGCCUUCGUCAACGACGCCGGCGAGAAGUUCCAGAUCGUUGGUCUCGACUACCAGAUCGGUGGUAGCGCUGGCUACGACCCCAAGCACGGCAAGGAUCCUCUCAGCGACGCCGACGUCUGCAUGCGCGAUGCUGCCCUGCUCCAGCGUCUCGGCGCCAACGCCAUCCGUGUCUACAACCUGGACCCUAACCUGAACCACGAUGCUUGCGCCUCCAUCUUCAACGCCGCUGGAAUGUACAUGAUCCUCGACGUCAACUCUCCCCUCGUCGGCGAGAGUAUCUCCAGCUUCCAGCCCUGGACCAGCUACUACGCGGCCUACAUGAACCGCACCUUCGCUAUCGUCGAGGCCUUCAAGAGCUACCCCAACACCUUGGCCUUCUUCUCCGGCAACGAGGUUAUGAACAACGUCGAGACCGCCAAGGACGUUCCCCCUUACCUCCGCGCCAUCACCCGUGACUUGAAGAACUACAUCUCCAAGCACGCCGACCGCACCAUUCCCGUCGGUUACUCCGCUGCCGAUGUCCGUUCCAUCCUCGUCGACUCCUUCAACUACGUUACUUGCGCCGAGAACGGUGACGAGAAGGACCCCAGCCGCGCCGACAUCUUCGGCCUCAACUCCUACUCUUGGUGCGGUGAAUCCAGCUUCAAGACCUCCACCUACGACCAGCUCGUUGCCGACCUGAAGGACACCCCCGUUCCCGUCUUCUUCUCCGAGUUUGGCUGCAACAAGGUCACCCCCCGUGUCUUCACCGAGAUCCAGUCCAUCUACGGCACCGACAUGAACUCUGUUUUCUCUGGCGGUCUCGUCUACGAGUACAGCCAGGAGGACAACAACUACGGUAUUGUCAAGGUCAACGACGACAAGUCUGUCAAGCUCCUCGUUGACUACGACAACCUGGCCACCCAGUACAAGAAGGUCGACUUCAAGACCCUUCAGACCACCAAGGCCUCCACCUCGUCUCCCAAGCCUCCCAAGUGCGACUCCUCUCUCAUCACCGAGAAGGGCUUCAACAACAACUUUACCCUCCCCGUCGUUCCCCCUGGUGGCCAGGACCUGAUCGACAAGGGCAUCAGCCCCAAGCCCUCCGGCAAGAUCAUCUCCAUCUCCGACUGGAGCGUCAAGUACAAGGUCUACGCCUCUGACGGCAAGACCGAGCUCACCAACCUCGCCGUCUCUCCCCUCUCCGACGACUCCACCAACACCCCCGGCACCAACACUGCCGGCGGUACUCAGGCUGCUACUGGCACUGGCGCCGCGGCGACCGGCACGUCCACCAGCAGCCCUAACCAGAACGCCGGUGUUGCGAUGCGCCCUGAGGUGAUGGCCCUGGCCGCGCCUCUUGUUGCUCUUCUUUUCUUGUAA